AUGACCGCCUCCAAGCCUACUUCACCCGGACACAAUUUCAAUGUCCUCUUCGUCUGCCUGGGCAAUAUCUGCCGCUCCACCAUGGCAGAAGGAGUCUUCCGCAACAUGGCAAGCACCCAUCCAUUGAUCAAUGAGAUCGAUUCUGCAGGCACAGGAGCCUACCACACCCUCGAGCCCCCGAUUCGCAUCACAAAGGAUGACUUUUUGCGGUUUGACUAUCUCCUCGCGAUGGAUAAAUACAAUCUGCGGGAUUUGCUGGAUGUGCGCGAAUCGGUUGUUGCUUCGUUGCGGAAGUCUGGAGGUGCCAAGGGUACCCGGGCGUCGAGCGGAGAAGCCGGCGCGAAGGUUGCGGAGGUGAGGUUGUUUGGUGAUUUUGGGCCGGGUGGUGUUCUCCAUGACCGAGUUGGUGGGGGAGAGGUCGUGCAGGAUCCUUACUACGGCGGUGUUAAUGGGUUCGAGGAGGUUUAUCAGCAGGUUGUGCGGUUUUCCAAGUCCUUUCUAGAGUAUUUGGAGAAGAAGCAGGGCUCUGAGGCUGAGGAGUGA